CCGGCCCGCCAAAACCCGGAGUACAGCCCAACCCAUUCGGCAGUGACCCGGACUUCUCUAUAGGCAUGUCGCCGAUGAGUCAUGCCUCUACAGACCGUCUAGGGGUGGCCAAUAGCGGGACGAAUACCGGGAUGGGUAUAGCCUCCCGCGACAGCAGCGGCAGUGUGAUGUCGGCGGCUGUGGCUGAAAUGUCACAGGCACAGCAGAUGUAA